ACUCGCCAGGAGUUAAUGGCUGAGUUCUUUGGAUUUGUAAUAUCUUUCUCCUCCGUCUCAGGUUCCAAUGAUCCUUGCAGCCCUAACCCCUGUAAUACACCUGCUUCUUGUGUCAAGCUGCAUGACAGCUACUUCUGCUUGUGUUUAGAAGGCUACUACUACAACGAGUCUUCGUCAUGCGUGAAAGGAACGACAUUCCCUGGAGAGAUUGGCAUGAGCCUAAAUGAAACAGCUGACUUGGGAGAUAAAAACUCUGUGAACUAUCAAACUUUGCACAGCAGUGUUGUUAAGUUUUUUGAAAACACAUUUAAGAUGACUGACUAUGGACAGACUGUGAUUCUUAAAGUGAGCAAAGACUCUUCAGUGUCAUCAAGAUCUGUGAUGCGUGCUGCUACGCAGACAGUCCGUGUAUCAGUAGUAAAUAUGUUUGGAGAAAACACAACGGAGAAUGAAGAGAGUGUAGCUUCUGUGAUCGAGAAGGCAGUUAAUACGGAUAGCAAGGUGCACAGCUAUUCCAAACAAGAUCGGUGUGAUUAUUAUGGCUGUGUGAAGAGUGGCAGCAAUGUUUGCCGGGAUGGUUUACAAUGCACGUGCAAACCUGGGCUGGAGAGACUGAACCCGCAGGUUCCUUUUUGUGUUGCUCCAACAUGUUCUGAGCCCUGCAAUGCAGAGGAAAAGCAGCAAUGCUUAAAGAAGGAUAAUGGAGUGAUGGAGUGUGGGUGCAUGGCAGGCUACCGGAAGGCGGACGGGAAAUGUGAAGAGUGUCCAUUUGGCUACAGCGGGACGGAUUGCAAAGACCAAUUUCAGCUGAUCCUCACCAUUGUGGGAACCAUUGCUGGAGCUUUCAUCCUCAUCUUGCUAAUUGUUUUGAUCGUCUCCAUGAGGUCAAAGAACAAAAAGAGGAGUGGAGAAGAGCAGAAUCUGAUUGAGGAUGACUUUCAUAACCUGCGAAUGAGGCCAACCGGCUUCUCCAACUUCGGAGCAGACACCAGCAUCUUCCCCAAAGUCAAAACGGGGGUCCCAAGUCAGACCUCUAAUCCCUAUGCAAACCACCGAAGCAUGCCUCGCCCUGACUACUAGAAUGAUAAGAAUUUGGAACCUUCCCUAGCCCAGCUCACAUGGUGAUCUUAAGGACAAGGAGAAAUGGACAGAGACAAAGGUUUGACCUCCAGCGUUCCUCUGCUCCGUUUGCUUCAACCUGUGUGAAGAACGCAGCUUGCUGAAGAUACAACUAUCAAAUUAAAUGCACAUGGACACUAUGAGCCUUUCUUUGUAAGAGUUGAUUUUCUCCAGUUAGUACAGAACGCUACAGCGGUGAUUGGUGUGGGGAUUUUCUUUCCUGGUGGGCCAACGGUUAGUGUUUCCAAUCCAGAGGGAGCACCCUCAUAGCUCAUCCCUGAGCAGUGCCACUCCCGAGCUCUGGACUCUGGCUACCCUUGAACAGUCAGCUGCCUGUGAUAGGGCCUCACUCCAAGGAGACAGGCCAGAGAUAGAAACAUCUCCCAGCUUUCUCAGGAGGACGGUGGGGACCCAGGUACCUUCAGAUGAGAAUAAGGAGGCUUGGACUAGCUCUAUCUUCUGUGGGAACGUUCAAGUCUUUGACAUGUUAGUUGGUAGGAAAAGCAGGGAGGAAAAACAUGAGCACAGGUAGUAGAGAGAGACCAAGGAAGCUAUGCUGGGAGGCUGAGGGAGGGAGAAGGUAGCAGGUAGCAUCUUCUCCCUUGAUGAAGUCCCUCCUCAGGCAGCAAAUGGGUGCUCUCGGGUGCCGCCAUCACCAAGACAUAGAUCCCGAGAAACCCAUAAAAGCAGGAGUCAGUGUGAAGCCACUGUGACACCACAGGCCUUCUGUCUAGAACUCUGUCAGAGGGGCCGGGUGUUGUCCACUCAAUGACGCUUCACUGGGCCUCAGCCUGCUCCAUGAUGGAAGCUUAGCAGUGGCCACCAACAUGUACACAUACACACACACACACACACACACACACACACACACACACACACACACAGACCCCACAUAUAACCACAUGCGCACACACAGGAUAAAUAUACCCAUCAUCUGUCUUCUUAAAUGUUUAUUGUGCCUUUGUGUCUGUCUGAUGUCCGGUCUUCUUGAAAGGUAUUUUUAUUUGUUAUUAUUUGUUCUUGACUGUUCAUUGUGGAAGCCAAUGAUAUAAUAAAAUGUCUUUGGUA